AUGCACGAACAUUCUGAAGCUACCCGCUCUAAUGGCGUGAAAAAGUAUUAUGGCAAAUGGCCGUUCUUAAGGGUAUUUGGAAUGCAGGAGUUUUUCUCUGUGCUUUUUUCUCUCGGAAAUCUCUAUGUUCAUCGAGCUGGAUACAUGCAUCUUAUUCAAACUAUGAACAUGAUUAGGCUUAAAGAUUCUUGUAUAUCUCUUUACACGUAUUUCUAUUACCUAAACAUUGCUACUUGGCUUUCUUCGGCUGCUUUUCAUGCACGUGAUAAACCCUUAACUCAGUUUUUUGAUUAUUCCCUAGCACUCGCCAAUGUGAUUUACAUGGCAUACAUCGCCAUCGUUAGAGUAUUUGUUAAUCUUGGACCAGAAUUUCUACGUUUGCUAGCAUUAAUCUUGGGUAUAUACUGGGCGAUCCAUAUGUAUAUUAUGCAAGUUUAUCAUUUUGAUUAUUCAAAGCACAUGAAGCUGUGUGGAUUUUUCGCUGCUGUUCAAACGUUCGUUUGGAUAUUCUGGUCUUUUAUUGAGAAUCGAUCUUCUGAGGAACUUUCCCACCUAUACUGGUUUUUAGAGGUAAUGCUUUUAUCGGUGUUGGUAUCGGCUGCUGAUUUUCCUCCUUUCUUCUGCAAACUUUUGGACUCUCAUGCUUUGUGGCAUGCGAUAACAAUGUUUGCAUUUCCAAGCUACUGGUACUUCCUUGAAUAUGAGCUUAUCUUCUCAAAACACAGGCGCCAUGCGCUAUUUUGA